GAAUGAACCUUUAUUUUGAAAUGCAUCAAGUGAAAAGUUAAUUUCCACAAACAUGGCGGCUCCCGUCAACAACAGCUCUGGCUGCUGGAGAGUCCCGGAGGUUUACAAACAUCACGAACAGCAGAGAGUGUGCAUUUCUCGACCAAAAUAUAGGGAAGGAAGAAAAGCCAAAGCAGUUAAGGUUUACACCAUAAAUUUAGAGAGUCGUUACCUGAUGGUCCAAGGGGUCCCAGCGAUUGGGGUUAUGACUGAGUUGAUUCAGCUGUGUGCCCUCUAUGGAGCUGUGGAGGAGUACAGGCCCCUGGACGAGUAUCCUGCCGAGGAGUUCACAGAGGUGUACCUCGUAAAGUUCCAAAAACUCACAAGUGCCAGAGCAGCAAAGCGACACAUGGAUGAGAAAGGUUUCUAUGGUGGUGUGCUGCAUGUGUGCUACGUCCCCGAAUACGAGACUGUGGAAGACACCAGGCUCAAGCUGCAGGACCGGAGGAGCUAUGUCAUCCGGGCUGCUCAGAAAAGAGUGAGAGAAAGGGAACAGAAAGAGGACACACAAGAGGAGCCUACUUCAUCGGAAACAACUACCACGUCAGACGACAACAUCCUCACACACAAACAGACCUCUGGAAAUGACAAUACAAGGGAGACUCCAAACAUCAGCCACUAUUUAGGCUUUCCUCUACUGCCAUUACCUCCCCAAGAACAUCAUUACCAUAGGCCUAAAAGUCAACAUUUACCAACAGAGGAUAAAAUGGGGACUUUGCACAAUACCUGUGCUGACACAUUAGAGCAGCGAGAAGGGAGUUCAAGGAGCAAACAGACCUUAUCGAGCAGACCGUCAGCACGUCAGGCUGCGGCAGUCAGAUUUCUUCCUCGGACCACACACUUGGAGAAACGGAAACGCAAAAUGGAAGAGGCUGAGGAGACCUCCAGUACUGUUUCUGGGCAGAACGAGCCUUUGAUUGGACCAAAACUACCAGAACCAUCCAAACUGGACAUGGAGGAUGAGUCACUGAACACAACUGUCAGCCUGAUCAGGAACACAAUGAAGCAGGUGACAUCGAGUCCAGACAUCAAACCAGUGGAGAAGAAGGUCAAACCACGCCGUCGGAUUUGAUAGAGCAGGAUUUAUUUAUUUUUUCUUAAUUAAACAAAUCUUGCAUCACAGCACCGUUCCAUUGAGGUUAAUAUUAAAGAUGUUUUGGCUAGGUA